AUUAGAUUUUAACAUAAUGUAUAUUUUGAAAGCACAGUUCAUAGUUUAUAUAAUGUAUAAAUUAGCAGUGAUGCAUUUGAAAUCCAGCUCCCAUAGAUGAAAUAGAGAAGUCAGGGGUUAUAUUGAAAGCAGACUUUGAAUUUGAAGCCGCAGCACAGGAAGCGAGCGAUCUCAAAAGGAGCAUAUUGGUUUACACACAAACGAGACAGCGGUUGAAGAGAUGAGAGCAGACACCUCCGGCCUGAAGGGACUUUCAUUCAUUUUAAAAUCUCCUGAGGACCAGAGUGCGAGGGUGGUCAGUAAAGAAGAUAUGGAGACACCGCCGGGCGAGACGUCUCCUCCAGUCAUUAAGGUCCAUGGCAAAUAUAAGGAAGUAUCGCGGCCCCGGGUGCAGCACGUGGAGGAGAAGUCAUUUGUAUCAAGUCUGCACUCCUUUAUGAAAGAACGAGGCUCGCCCAUCGAAAGAAUCCCACAUCUGGGCUUCAAACAGAUUGACCUUUGGAUGAUCUACAAGGCAGUUGAGAAAUUGGGCGGAUACAAUUCAGUGACAGCGCGACGCCUGUGGAAGAAAGUGUAUGAUGAACUGGGAGGAAGUCCCACUAGCACCAGUGCUGCGACCUGCACUCGCAGACACUAUGAGAGGCUCGUGUUGCCCUAUGAAAGACAUUUAAAAGGAGAAGACGAUAAGCCUCUCCCACUCAGCAAACCAAGGAAGCCUUAUAAAAGGAAUUCGGGAGGAAAAAUAAAAGCCGAGUGGAAGGGGGAAAGGAGCAAGGCAGACAGAGAAGGAGAUUCGGAGAGGCUGCUUUCAGCAGGAUCGAGUCAGAGUGAAGCAGCGGCGCAUCCUGGUUCUGUUCUCUGGUCGGCUGACGCUGACAGGCGCCAGCCGCAAGUGCCCCUGGCGCCUGACCUUUAUGCAUAUUACCACCUGCUGCACGGCCCCGCAACAACACCCUGGCCCGCAAACAUCUCAGCUGUCGGAGAGGUCAUCUCUCCACUGGAGAAAAAGAAACGCCUGGCACAAGCCAGCCUUCGAGCGAAUCCGCAGGGGGAGGAGAGGGACAGGCCUUCUGUAAUCCACCGCUCGGCGUCGCCAGCCUCCGGCAGCCACAAGUGCGACUCCUCUGACGGCUCGCCUCGCCCCGUCUCUUCUUCCUCGCUCUCCUCCAGGAGCCCGUCCCUGUGCUCCAUCUCAUCAGAGGAUGAAAAUCACUCUGCACCGAGUUCAGAUUUGGCUCCCGACUGCUCCAUCCGAAAUGACGACACGCCCGUGAGACACGUGUCGAAAGAUCCAUCUGGAGAGAGUAAGGACAGAGAUCAAGUCAAAAUAUUAGAGAAAAAUCACAUUAGAGAGCAAAAUAUUGCCACCAAAGACCUUACAUAUUCUUCUCCCAAAUUCAAGUCUGACUGUGUCCCAACAUCUUCCUCUGGUUUCAUCAGAGUUUUGACAAAAUCUGCUCAGCUACCGCGGCCUGCUCCUAUCCGGCCAGGCAACAGAAUCCAACACGACGCUUUGACGCAUCACAACAAAUCUUUCAAAACUAUCCCACCUUUGUCUUCAUGGGAAAUGUUCAGGGCAAUGCCAACAAAGUUUCCUCCUGCCCAGCAGAGGCUAUCCCAUACCUCCUGCGUCACGCCGUCUUAUGACAUGUUAAGAAGAGACUCUUAUCUCCGGACCACGCUGCAGCAGGCGAACUUCCUCCCCCGAAUGAGAAUACCUCAACCUCACCUCCCGUACCGCCAUGUCCCUGUCAGCACGGCUCACUCUGCUCUCAUCUACCCAUACCCGUGCACCAUGCCUCUGUGGGGUCCUCACGCCAUCCCCCAAUUUUAUACUCCACACAAACUAUGAGCUUUCUCUCCACGCUUCAUCAAUUUCUACAGAUAGAAAAAUUGUUUUUUCACCAUUUCAAUGCAGCCGCCAAACCAUUUGACAUUCUGUGGUUAGAACAUCGAUUCCCCACUAGCUACACGUCAGGAGGGUGGCAUGCGAGAUCACAUUUAUCACUAAUAUGGUGUAAAUGAGUAGAGUGAAUAUUUAUGUUGCAAGUAAUAAAGUAAUUAAAAAAAGUUA